GGCAUUACGCUGCCCUCCUUUGUGCAUCGCCUAUUAGCUGUGUGCGGAUCGCGGGAGAGGGAUGCAGCCAUAGAGGGUCGCGGUCACUUCUCUCCGGGGUCCUGGCCAGGAGGAUGCAGCAUCACCCGGACGCCCAACACCCAGAGCAGAAGCAGCAAGCGCCCUACUGAGCCUCCUGCACGCCCGGCGGGUGUAUCUGCGCCCUCUCCAAGGUGCUGAAAGCCAUCCAUGCCUCAUAGCGGGGUCUGCAGCCCGGGAAUGUAGGAGGAGGGGUGCAGCCAUCAGCCAGCCCUGUGUAGUAAGACCCCCACUGGAAGGCUCUGCAUCCAUCAUGGCCAGCUGGAGGAACACCCUGCCCGGGGCUCUGUCCCUGCUGCUGCCGCUGCUACUGGUUGACGUCUGCUCGCCGGUGUGUGUUGAGGUUCCGUCUAGGACAGAGGCUGUACAAGGACACAACAUGACAUUACUGUGCAUCUCAUGCAUGCAGAGGGAGGAAGUCUUCGCCAUCACAAGUGUUAAGUGGUUCUAUCAACCAGACAACGGAAACAGGUCACUUAUCUACGAGUUCAUCGAGGGAAAACACCGUGAACCUAAAAGCCCAUUCAAAGGUCGCCUGCUGUGGAGUGGGAGCAAAGACCUGCAGGACGUGUCCCUCAUAUUGCACAAUGUCACAACCGCCGACUCCGGACGAUUUCUCUGCACCGUUAACCGCACGCUCCACUUCGAGGCUCACCAACACUAUACUCAGAGCAACAUAGAGAUCGAUCUCAUUGUCACUGAAAUAGAGAAUGAAGAUUUUACGUCUGUCCUCUCGGAAAUCAUGAUGUAUAUUCUGCUGGCGUUCCUCACCUUAUGGCUUCUGAUAGAAGUCAUUUAUUGCUACAGGAAGAUCUCCAAGGCUGAAGAAGUUGCCCAGGAGAGUGUCACUGAUUACCUGGCGAUACCGUCAGAGAACAAGGAGAACUGUUCCGUACCAGUGGAGGAGUAAGAGAGCCGGCAGUCAUGAACACAGAGGUGGCCAAAAUCCAUCUCCUAACACCGGAACAGCAGCUGUCCUCUUAGAUCCCGGUCUUUCUCCUGUGACGUCCCCUGUAUAAUACCCCCAUGUACACCCUAGAUCUCUAGAACGUCUCAUCCCUGUAUCUCAUGUUGGAGGAGAAGCACAACGAAGACCAGAACUUGGAGUCGCUCAUAGCUGAGGCAGCAAAAUGGAGAAGAGAUGAGUGGCCACGUCAAUGUAUAGCGUUUCCCACCUGGCCGUGGGUAUGAACUCCUUACAGACAUUUGGAUGCGGCGUAUUAACCAGGCUGCCGAGGCUUUGUGUGCCGAGCUACAAUCCCCCCCGUGUCACAAUGUCCCUAAUCGCACCGAUUGUGGAGUGGACACGUAUCUGGUCAGGUGAAGGUGUCUUGUAUCUGCUUGCAGAACCCUUCCACAUUUCCGGUACACGCCACUUUCCCUAUAUUGUGAGUCUCUGGUGACGCGCUGUGAUAUCCUGGCAGACGCUCUAUCCGCUUUAUAACAUUCGCCACUUUAUUUCCCGCACUCGCAGAGUUUGAAAGUAGCGCAGCGCCCUGCACCAGGUAUAUAAUCUUCCCUUUCUAGUUAUAAAGUAACACGUAUCCUCAGAUCUGAUAUCGGGGGGAACGGACGCGACUGUUACAUUGGAAGGACAGGAGAUCACAGCGUUUGGGGGGCGAUGUCUUCCUGACCCUAGCCGUUACCUGCCUGAGCCUCUUUCUAAAGAGAAAUAAAAAUGUGGCUUUGCUUUUUCUUUUGAGAUCAGAAUAAAAUGUGUGAAUGCA